CUAAGAGUAAUUGCUGUUCUCUGAAGAGAAAUAUUGAGACAUCAACGAGAAACCUACAAUGGGAGUAACAGUACAAAACGUAACAGGAAACACAGCCCUGGUAAUCUGGCCCAAAAUAGCAAGCUGUGCUGACAGCUUUUACAGCGUUAUGUACAACCCCAACUGGGACAAAACGCUGUCAGGGUAUACCAGAAAACAUUUUCAAAAAGAGGAGAGAGUUCCAGGCAGCCGCUCUUCGUUUGUCAUUGAGAACCUGAUUCCACUAACAACUUACAUUCUGUGUGUAACGUGCCAGUCAGCAAACCCAUCCAGUGACCAAUGCCGCAUUUUUAACACCCCCAAGCAAGAUCCAGCGUCCAUGAGCAACAAGAAGAAAGACCUAGCAGUGGGCAUAUGGCUAACCAGUUCUGUUCUGCUUCUCAUCAUUGCUGGUAUCCUUGUCUAUGGCUGCUUGCACAUAUGGUGGCGCAAAAGAACCGAGGGUUUAGAGGCACAAAGCAUGCCUCUGGGAGAAAAGGAAGAGGCAUGGACCAAAAACAAAUUAUACAGUUCGGCUGGGUUUCCCAAGGAAGCCCAGCCUGGCCAACAAAUGGAGAUUAGAAAUGCAGAUGGCGUCCAAAUGGCCACUAUAAUUGCCAAUCCUCUAGCAUCUAAAGAGCCCACUAUGCUGACUUCCAAAAGUGAGGAUUUGGUGCCUUUGUCUAUAUGUCAAUCUGCUGUAAACUAGCUGACCU